GUCGCUGUCUGCGCAUGCCCGAGAGUGAGCCCGAAUUAAAAUUCAACGUGUGGUUCCUCUUCGGCCGCCAUACUUGGGUUUACGGGAGCCCGCAGAGGGCAAAAUCCCAACCCCACUGUCACUUCUACCGUCGGAAGCAAGACAAACGGGAAGUGAUAAAACUCUGGUGAGAGCGAAUGAAGUAAAAAACUUCCUUUAGAGGGUGAGGACCACGCGAGAGGAGCGGGGCGGAGCCAAGGACGCUUGAGGGCCGGGCAGAUUCAAGCCAACUGAAGGUUGAGCCACACCAUCUUCGAAAAGGGGUUGAGGGCGAUACCACCUUAAGGGGAUAAGGGAGGCGUGGCAAAUAACUGAGACUUGGAAAGUGCCACUUGGCGGAGGCCGGGCGCGUGUGGGAAACCGAAGGGACUGGACAUCCCCCAGAACCCCGCUUCCUUUCCCGAACCUGACGCCCUCGGGCCAUGAAUAGUCAGGUGCGGACUGAAGCGCUGCCCGGCGAGCCCCCUCUGCUGGUGACGGGCGAUCCCUACUCCGUGGUGGUUCUGCUGCGGGGCUACGCAGAGCCCGACGGGGUCGCAGGCGCAGUGUACGCCGACGGCUCUGUGACCCUUAUUCUGCCCCAAUUAGGGGCCCCAGCCUCCAGCCACCGAGCACCCUUGUCCGUGGGGGGCGAGGCGAAGACUGCCCUGGAGGAGGCGGCCCGUGGACCUAUCCUCGUGGACACCGGGGGCCCCUGGGCUCGGGAGGCGCUCUUGGGGGCGCUGGCAGGGCAGGGUGUGGACCCCGGGGACGUGACUCUAGUGGUGGGGACCCACGGACACUCGGAUCACAUCGGGAACCUGGGGCUGUUUCCCGGGGCGGCUCUGCUGGUGUCGCACGACUUCUGUCUUCCCGGGGGCCGCUACCUCCCCCACGGGCUAAGUGAGGAGCGGCCCCUGCGGCUAGGGCCAGGGCUCGAGGUGUGGGCCACGCCGGGCCAUGGGGGCCAGCGCGACGUGAGCGUGGUGGUGGCGGGCACAGCCUUGGGCACCGUGGUGGUGGUGGGCGAUGUGUUUGAACGCGAUGGAGACGAAGACUCGUGGCAGGUGCUGAGCGAAGACCCUGUGGCCCAGGAGCGAAGCCGGGAGAGAGUCCUUGGCACGGCCGACGUGGUCGUGCCUGGUCACGGAGGCCCCUUUCGGGUGGUCAGAAAAGUCUUGCAGCCAGAGACAGUGUCGGGGAACAGCCGCCGGGAUACCAUGGUUGGAGACAAGGAGCCCACGGUGCACCUACAAGCCCUAAGAGGGACUGGACUUCUGUCAGGGAAGCCCCUCAGCCGAGGAACUGACGAUCAGGCCCCAAUCAGCCGAGUCAGAGGAGUUGGGCGGCCGUUUCCAGCCUUUUCCGGAGGCCGGUUUUCCAGCAAGGACAGAGUGCUCUUGCCUCUGCCACCACCAGUGUCACUGUUACCACAACCAAACUGGGACCCAGGAUGGGCUCAGUCGUGUGCCAUCUUUUGCGGUUUCUCUAGUAAAAUGGAAGAAUGUUCUUGGGAGGCCUCUCCAAGACAACGUCUGCUCCAGUUGGCUGGACUGCCUGCUGCUCUCCAGACAUGCCUGUGGCCUUUUCUGCAGGCCUUUCUUCCCACAUCAUCCUGAACAUUCAGGCUCAGCUCAUCUGCUACAGAAAACCUCUUCUGGCUUUUCCAACCCUAUCUUAAACCCUUGUAAUGCAUUCUCUCUGUUAUUCACUUAGCAUUAGAUAAUGCCUGUUGUUGGUCAUUUUUUUCUGAAAACAUCCUGUUCCCACCAUAAGGGCAGAAAGAAAGCAAAUGCUUCUCUGAAUACUGCACAGCUUGGUGUUUCUAUAGACACCACAUAAUAAAUGCUUGCUAUUUUUCUGAUUUA